AAAAUACAAAUGUAACAUCUGUUAAUUAAUGCUCGUAUAUAAUACAUACGGUCGGACGCCCUAAAAUACAAAUGUAACAUCUGUUAAUUAAUGCUCGCAUAUAAUACAUACGGUCGGACGCCCUAAAAUACAAAUGUAACAUCUGUUAAUUAAUGCUCGUAUACAAUUGAUACGGUCGGACGAACUUAAUACCCAUGUAACCUCUGUUAAUUUAAACCCAUGUCACGGACUUUCAAGUGCUAUGAUUCCUUUAAUCUACUUUGAUACAACGUUUUCAUUUCAAAGGAUAAAGGUUAGGUGGUAUUAAUUCGAUAUAUUAAAAAGGCAACUGUGGACUGUCGAAACGACAAACUACCUAUCAACCGGUUCGUAAUGACAUAGUAGCACUGGGUUUUCUACAAUGAUGUAUUAAAUGGAUAUAUUGACUCGGUCGGACAGUUAAGGUAUGAUUUUAUUGUUGUUUACUAAUUUAAAGCGUUCUAUAAAUUUCGUAUUCUGUGUCGGAUCAAGGAUAAAAACGACCCAUUCGUACAGCAGAAAUGUUUUAUGAAAAAUAAGUAUCGUGCUUACAUGUUAUGUUUGUGUGCCAGUGCUAUUAUGUGGUCUUUCGUGACUUUAAUGUCGAAAGGUAACGAUUUUUCAACCAGAUAAUAUGUUGUUUUUUUUCAAACGUAAAAGUGAAAUGUUUGCUAAUAUAUCCAGCACAAUGUUAAAAUAACAUGGAUAUUGACUAAACUUAUUGAGAUAUUUUACUUACAUUCUUUGAUACAUAUACCACUCAAAAUUUGCGAAGGAUCACUUUUUAUUUUCACAUUACUGUAUCUCCAAUUUUGGAUUUCGUUCAUCUAAAUUGUUAUAUUGCAGGUUUUGAUAUUAGAAUGUGUGUUUUUGAUUUUAUUGUAUGUAUUGAUUUAUCAUUGAUGCGUGACGCUGGCUGAAUCUAGCUAGAGUGAACUUCAAAUUACACAUACUAUAACAAGUGAUCCUUAGCGAUUUUUGAGUAGUAUAUAUGUUUUCUGUACCUUAGAUAUAGUUGACCUAAGCAUAAGGUUUUCAAAGGGUAAGUACGACACGUUGAAUACGUGUACUUUAAGACCGCGUUUCACACAUCAGCGAUUGUUUACCAAAUUAUACAAAAUAAAUUGAAUAUGAAUAUUUUAUGAAACGUUCGACAUUUCCAUCGGUUUUUAUCAAACACAUUUGUGUACUUAACAAGCAAGUUAAUUAAAACUUGAUAUCAUUUACUAUUCUUUCUGUCAGACUUAGUCCCUGAAGACGAAUUUAGACAACAUCGAGUGCUGAUCACUGGUUUCCGGCAUGUCACUCUUUUGCGUACAGACGCAUGAUCUGUCAUGGCAGGAUCGAACCGUCAACAUCGAGCUCAUGAUAUCGCCUGCUCGCUCCCAACUGCUCUACAACAAGCACAAAGGACUCAAGACGAAGUACGAGCAGGUGGAGAGUAAUCUCGAACGGGAAAAGGAGUCGUACUUACGUAGCUAUAAGACGGACCAACGCUUGAUGGAGCGACAGAAAGAGCAGUACUCAAAGCGGAGGAACACUAUCAUUCUGAGGAGGGCGGUCGCGGAAAGAAGGCGGUCGAGUUUUGGCGGAAGAUCGUCGGCGCCGGCAAGGCUUGAGGCGGAUUUUUUGGGCUCGUCCGAGAUGAGACCAACUUUUGUAACGGAAAUCAACCUGCGCGAAUCGAAAUCCGCCGACCCUAGAAUGACCGUGCCGAGUCGUAACCCGGAACUGACGACGCUGCUUCCGCCACUUACAGCCGAUACACCUGACUUUCGAAACCUUUCUCCGUGUACCAUGAAUACGUCGCCUUCAGCGGGAAAGCCUUUCCUUGAGAGAAAGAAAUCUGUGAGAUUCGAACGGCUGACUUCCGGUUGUAGACGUGGUGCGAAGAUUGACGAAAACACCCAAAUUGAAGAGGACAGUUCUGUGCUGCCUAUAGAAGACAGAAUCAAACGCUUUCUUAAGUCUCAGGGCGAUUUCAAUAAAAGGGUUCCCGAAAAAAUCAAUCUUGUUGACAGUAAAAAGCUGCAACCUAUCAUAAACCGGUCUUUAAACGGAACCCUCUCGGUGAACUUGGGCAAAUUGGAAAACGCGUUUGAUGAGUUUUGUGUGGACGAAAGUGAUGAAGGACUGCACCGGAUGGUCCGCUACGCGGCGAGGUUGAAAGCGAACGUGAGGAAUGCCCAGAACUCCAGCAUAAUGCCGCGUCGAGCCAGUGUGUUUGCCAUGUAGCGGGGCGUGCAUGGCGUAUUGCAAUACAAUAUUACAAUAUUAUUGCUACGUAUGUGAACGGUGUUUACUUUUAUGAAAGCUUUUCAGUAUUAAAGUGGAAAUGUAAAAGUUCUUUUUUGAUAAAAAAAUAGUCAAGACCAUUAAAAAUGACAUACUUUAAACUAUAAUGUAAUGCGAGCAUUCAAAAAGAAAGCUGGAAAAAAUGCAAAACUAAAUAAGUAAUAAAAAUGUUAUUAUAAUUAAGGUGCUGUUUACAAGAUAAUGGAUUUGAUUGUAUUGCAUAAUGAGGCGCACAAUACAAUAAUUAAAUAUUUUGUCAAUUAGCAAUAAGACAGUGUAUUUCUAUGGUGUUUAUAUAACUGACGUGAUAUUGCGCAAAGCUUUCUUGAAAAUGUUAAUAUUUAUAUGAUUCACCAAAUUUGCUAUUAAAAUUUAAUAUUUUUCACAAAGAUUUUACCUAGCGAGCGAGCGGAAUAAACAUUUGCGUUAUGUUUUAUUUAUGUGCUAAAACAACAUGUUGUGGUCAAAUGCUAAUAUCUUCGUUGCAUGUCGGUCAUUCACCUCGGAAUACACACAACUUGGUUUAUUCUCCUUAGGCUUGCUUGUGUUCAAUGCCUUAACCCAUUUAUGCCUUGAUAUUUGGCGUGCAUGUGUAUCUCAUGGAGCUGCACAUUUUGAAUGGUGAAAGGUCAUUGUCAUCCUUCAAGGUCAAAGGUAAAAAAAACAAAAUCCAAGGGAUGUAACAAACGUUAAAGGGAGAUAAUUUCUAUUUUAUAUCAUUUGGCAGGUACAGAUCAUUUUCACAAGGAAAGUAAUAUUUUUUAAACGGGUAUAAUAAAAAAAAUAUUCAUAGCGGCGCUAUAUAUAUAUUACCCGACGUCGAUCGCUAAUGAAGAUAAAACAGAUUUAAUGUUCGAGUUGAAUAUAUACGAUGGUUUGUUGAAUUGUGUGUUAAUGUCAAAUUGUUGAUAUUUCCAACUUACUAAAUGUUAAUUAUGGUAGUUUUAUGUUCAUUGUAUAUUAUAUUGUAUACGUAGAAAAAAAACGUAUCGAUACUGAAACCAAUUUAUAUAUUUUCUCAUAGUGUGCGUAUAAUGUUCACUAAAAUAGUUUAUGUGGACGUUGAUGGUUUUGCUCACAAUAUGAGCCACAAUCUGGGAAAACGGGGCGUAAUGCAU